ACCUUUGGCUGUUAAAAAGAAGAUAAACAAAUAUGUUUUACAAUAAAAGAAGUAGCGAAGGACCUAUCAAUGGCAGCCGCCAGCAUUACCGGGAGGAUGAGAAACAUCUUGUUGUUGUUGUCGCUGCUUCUGCUGAACGUUCAGUAUGUCCAGUCCGCAUCGAAAGGCGUCUCUGCCAGUCUGAAAGCCAAGUGGAGCAUGACGCCUUUCCUCCUGGAGACAAGUGAGUUUAUUGCAGAGGAUGGAAAUGAGAAAUUCUGGGACUUUGUUGACACUGUGAAGGAGUUAACAGUUUACAAAAAUGGAGAGUCUGUGCGCUCCUAUUACAACUUGGUAAUCAAGAAGGCUGGACAGUUUUUGACGGCGCUCCAGGUCAAUCUCCUCAAAUUUGCUCUCUCCUUGAGGUCCUACUCACCAGCUGUUCAUGCAUCCCAACAGAUAGGCAGUGAUGAGUCUCCGCCUGAGGCAUGCCUUGCCUUUGUUUCGGUCCAUGGCCAACAUGGCUGCAGCACAAAGGAUUUGAAGAAGCUCCUGAAGGCAGCUGCAGGCAGGCCAAAACCUUAUCUAUACAAGAAUGAGCACAGAUACCCUGGACUCAAUAAGACAGAUGUCCCAGUUGUGAUCCUUUACGCUGAGAUCGGCACCAAAAAGUUUGGCUCCUUCCACAAGGUGCUGGCUGAGAAGGCUGCGGAGGGCAAGCUCAUCUAUGUGCUGCGUCACUUUGUAGCUGAGCCAAGGCCUCAAAAGAUGCUGUUGUCUGGAUAUGGUGUUGAAUUGGCCAUAAAAAGCACUGAGUACAAAGCUGUGGAUGACACACAAGUAAAAGAUAAAGGAACAGUGAACACUGAUGAGGAUGACAUUGAUGAAGUCCAAGGCUUUCUCUUUGGGAAAUUGAAAAACUCCCACCCAGACCUCCAGGAGCAGCUAGAGGAGCUCCGGAAGCAUCUGUUAGAGAGCACCAAUGACAUGGCUCCUCUCAAAGUGUGGGAGCUUCAAGAUCUAAGCUUCCAGGCAGCGGCCAGGAUCAUGUCUGUACCAACGUUUGAUGCUCUGAAGCUUAUGAGAGACCUCAGUCAGAACUUCCCCAGCAAAGCCAGAUCACUGACAAGAGUGUCUGUGAACCAAGAAAUGAGAAGAGAAAUUGAGGAGAACCAAAAGCGGCUGAGUGAGACCAUGGGGAUCCAUCCGGGAGAUGGAGGCCUGUUCAUCAACGGCCUUCACAUUGAUCUGGACGUCCACAACCCCUUCAGCAUCUUGGACACUAUCAGAGGAGAAGCCAAGAUCCUGGAGGGCCUCCAUAACCUGGGCAUUAAGGAAGAGAACCUAAGCAAGCUACUGAGACUGCCCAUGAACCCAGUGGAAGAAAACUAUGCCUUAGACAUCCGCCAUCCAGCUAUAACGUGGAUUAACGACAUCGAGACAGACUCCAUGUACCGCAGCUGGCCCUCGGGUGUUCAGGAGCUCCUCAGAGCCACGUUCCCCGGAGUGAUCCGCCAGAUACGACGCAACUUUUUCAACCUGGUGCUGUUGCUGGACCCAGUUCAGGAAGAGAGCAUUGAGCUGGUGAAACUGGCAGAGCUCUUCUACAAACACAAGAUUCCUCUCAGGAUCGGAUUUGUGUUUGUCGUCAAUACUGACGACGAAGUCGAUGGAUCUACGGAUGCUGGAGUUGCAUUUUUCCGGCUGCUGAAUUACAUCGCCGACGAGUAUGAUUUAUCACAGGCUCUCAUGUCUAUGGUUUCUAUGUACAACAAAGUGGAGAUCGGCGAGGCAUUGUCUGUUGACACAGUGUCUGCAUAUCUCAAGAAGAAGUUUCCCAAAGCCAGUGCUGCAAGGAUCUUUGGGGAAGAUUCCGAGUAUGAUGACAAAAGAAAGGCAGGGGCAGAAUUCUACAAGAAGAGUGGCUUGGGCCCUCUGCCUCUGGCUCUGUUCAACGGAGUCCCACUCAAUGCUGAGGAGAUGGACCCAGAUGAACUGGAGACUGUCAUCCUACAGCGCAUCAUGGACACCACCAACUUCUUCCAGAGAGCUGUCUACAUGGGCCAGCUGACUGAAGGGACGGAUGUGGUGGACCAUCUGAUGGACCAGGCCAAUAUGGUACCACGCAUCAACCCUCUCAUCCUCAGCACUGACAGGACAUAUCUGGAUCUCACAGCCUCUCCAGUUGUAGAUGACUGGGAUGACGCCACCAUGUUCUCAUACCUGGACUCCAAGGACAAGACUGCUGUCAUUGCAAAGAGAAUGAACUAUUUCACCAAAAAUGAUGAGGAUGGGAUUAAUGGAGUGACUGUGUGGAUCGUUGGGGAUUUUGAAAAGGCCUCAGGGAGAAGACUGCUGCUGAACGCACUGAAACACUUGAGGGCCAGUGCUGGUGUGCGUGUGGGGGUGAUUGAUAAUCCCAGCGGUGGUGUGCCCAGCGAGGACAGCACUGUGCUCUACAGGGCAGUGUGGGCCGCCCUGCUCACCCAGAAGAACAAGGCCGCAGUGGAGUUUGUGCAGAAAAUCCUUAAAGAGGAAACUGUCCAGCUCCUUCAACAAGGAACCAAGAUGAAGAACCUACUGGUGAAGGGCAUGAACGCGGACGCCUUUGAGAAGAAGUUCAACACCAUGGAGGUGGAUUUCAUCCGCAGUCAGCAGCUGUUCUGCAGAGAUGUCCUGAAGCUGCACACUGGACAAAGGGCCGUGGUCAGCAACGGCAGGAUCCUGGGGCCAUUUGAAGACGAGGAGGAAUUCAACGUGGAGGAUUUCCAUUUGUUAGAGAAGAUUACGCUGAGCACCACAGCCGAGAAAGUCAAAGCUAGAAUCAAGCAGAUGGGAAUCAAGGGAAAGCAAGCCAGCGAUCUAGUCAUGAAAGUGGACGCCCUCCUCGCCGCUGCCCCCAAAGGAGAGGGCAGGAGAGACUUCCGCUUCGUCAAAGACGAGCACAGCGUGCUCCAUUUCGCCCCUCGGGAAGACGAGGUGUUCUACGACGUGGUGGCCAUCGUGGACCCCGUGACCCGGGACGCCCAGAAGAUGUCACCGCUGUUGAUUGUGCUCAGUCAAGUGGUCAAUGUGAAACUGCAGGUGUUUAUGAACUGCCGGGCCAAGCUGUCCGAUAUGCCCCUCAAGAGCUUCUACCGUUUUGUGUUGGAGUCGGAUGUGUCUUUCCUGGCCAAUGAAACAGUGUCUGCGGGACCAGUGGCUCACUUCUUGGAGCUCCCUGACUCGCCCCUCCUCACCCUCAACAUGAUCACCCCAGAGAGCUGGAUGGUGGAGGCUGUCAGGAGCCCCUAUGAUCUGGACAACAUCCACCUACAGGAGAUGAAAGGUGUAGUGACUGCAGAGUACGAGCUGGAGCACCUGCUGCUGGAGGGCCACUGCUUUGACCUGUCUACGGGCCAGCCCCCCCGCGGCCUGCAGUUCACCCUGGGCAUGAGCCAGGACCCCCUCAUGCAGGACACCAUUGUCAUGGCCAACCUGGGAUACUUCCAGUUGAAAGCCAAUCCUGGAGCCUGGAUCUUGAAGCUACGGGAGGGGAGGUCAGAGGAUAUCUAUCAAAUUCUAGCGCAUGAUGGGACUGAUUCUCCCACUGAUUCUCCCGCUGAUUCUGGUGACGUUAAAGUUGUGCUGAACAGCUUCCAUAGCAAGAUCAUCAAAGUCAGGGUUCAGAAAAAGUCUGACAGAAUCAGCGAGGACCUCCUAAGUGAAGCCACAGAGAAUAAGGGAAUAUGGGACUCCAUCGCCAGCAGGAGAGAUGGUGCCCUCGGAGCCAGGCUGAGAUAUUACUCUGUAAAAUCUAUUGCCAAAAAAAUGUGCUACUGUAGACCUAGCAUCGCAGGUGGUGGGUCCAGUUCAGAGGACGGAGAGAAGAACAGGGAAGAUGUGCUCAACAUCUUCUCUGUGGCCUCGGGCCAUCUAUAUGAGCGCUUCCUGAGAAUAAUGAUGCUGUCCGUCCUCCAGCACACCAAAACCCCUGUGAAGUUUUGGUUCCUCAAGAAUUACCUCUCUCCGUCCUUCAAGGAGUCCAUACCUUACAUGGCUGAGGCCUAUGGUUUCCAGUAUGAGCUGGUCCAGUACAAAUGGCCCCGCUGGCUUCACCAGCAGACUGAGAAACAGAGGAUCAUCUGGGGUUACAAGAUCCUCUUCCUGGAUGUCCUCUUCCCCCUGGCUGUGGACAAAAUCAUCUUUGUGGACGCUGACCAGAUUGUUAGGGCCGAUCUGAAGGAGCUGAGGGAUUUGAACCUGGAGGGCGCCCCCUAUGGGUACACUCCCUUCUGUGACAGUCGGAAGGAGAUGGAGGGCUACCGCUUCUGGAAGACUGGCUACUGGGCCUCACAUCUGGGGAACAGGAGAUACCACAUUAGUGCUCUGUAUGUGGUGGAUCUGAAGAAGUUCCGCAAGAUAGCAGCAGGAGACCGACUGCGUGGCCAGUACCAAGCCCUGAGCCAGGAUCCCAACAGUCUGUCCAACCUGGACCAGGACCUGCCCAACAACAUGAUCCACCAGGUGGCCAUCAAGUCCCUGCCCCAGGAGUGGCUUUGGUGUGAGACUUGGUGUGACAGCGCAUCCAAGACCACCGCCAAGACCAUUGACCUGUGUAAUAACCCCAAGACCAAGGAGCCCAAGCUGUCGGCGGCCGUGAGGAUUGUGCCUGAGUGGGUGGAGUACGACAACAAGAUCAAACAGUUACUGAGAGACGUCCAGGAGCAGAAAGACAAUGACCGAGCAACGCAGACGCAGAGCCCGAUGCCUGAACCCUCCUCCUCACCAGAGAAGACGGGCAGCGAGCGUGAUGAACUCUAGCACCUGCCCACAGUGCUGAAGAGGAGAGAGGCAUAUUUGCACCUAAUUCUCCGAUGAAGCUUGAAGACUACAAAGAUGAUGUACAUUUCCCACAAACGUACAUAGCCAAGAAGUAUUACGCCCUCCCUUGGAAAAGACAGAGGGACACGAGAAAAUCUUUUUAUUUUUUUUACGAAGGAAAUCAUUUGACGUAACCCUUUCUUAUGGUUUAAUAUAAACUUUAUGGACAGUAGUUUGCUUCAUGGUCUUCUCUUAUGUAAAGAAGUAUAAAGGGUUAAGAGGUCACUGUUGGUGAAAGCCAUUUGUAGUCUGUAAAAGACAUUUGAAAUGAUUGCACUGAUACUGUAUGCAAAGAAUCAAAUGAAUACGGCUCAUUCAUAAGCGGACUUUGGGUUCUCUGUGCUCUGUUAAGAUCAGCUUACAUUAGAAUUUUUAUGACAACAUUCUUAGCAUUUUCGAGCACCAAGCCACAUCUAAAUUGCCUGGCAAUGUAGGCUGGUAAUGGGCCUUUUAGUUUGUUAUUGAUUGGUGUGAUAUUGCCAUUGACUUAAAUGCCCAUCAGCGCUUGGAGACAAUGUUACAUUUUGAUAAUUGAUUUCUUGCACUACUUGCAAACAAUUGCAAUGGGGGCUCACAUGGCUCAUAUCUGUACAUUAAUGUUCUCUUCUGUAUAGGGGAUGUAAUCAACACUACACACACUGUGGUCCGAGAGUCCCACAAUGCCGUCUGUCUGAAUGAUUGCUUCACCAACCAUUUCAAAUCUCUGCCAAGUGAUGCAACACUACAAACGCUUUGUUGCCAGAUAGGGAACUCCUUUUCCUGUGAUCACUGGGAGGACAAUGAUCUCAGCAUUUCACUAUCCAUUUGCAAAUAUACGUACGUCACAGUAAGGUACAAUCUCAAACUAUUAAGUUAUCAUUAUUUACAUACCUUGUUUGUUGGUUAAAGUAUGUUGCAUUUUUCAAUACCUUGAAAUGUACAGCAAAUCUUCUCAGGAAUGAAAUAGGUGUUGAUGCAUUAUCAAAACUCCUUUUAUACCUGUCACUGUCUUGUCUUAACAGCCAAUAGCUUGCUCUUAAAAAGUUCAGCUUUUCACCUCACUGUGUGUCAAAUGAAGGUGUUUCUUGUCUUUGUCAAUUUCAGGUGUGAGGAAUAAAAUGUCUUUGCUACCAAAACCUCA